UAUAACCCGCAUGGGGCUUCAGAUCCGUGCUCGGCACACAAAGCUCCCAUCAUCGUCAAACGACCACGAAGAACAAAAUCCAAAACACACAAAAAUUUCUCCAGCGAUGUCGACGAGAUCCGCGCUCCGUCGCCUAACUCCGUUCAUCGCCGGCCGAAUCCGUCAGAACUCGAGGCUCCUCAGCUCCUCCUCCUCCUCCGCCGCCGCCGCCGACGCUUCUUCGUCUCCAUCCUCCUCUGAAUCUCAAGAAGAAUCCAUUCAUUUGACCGAGAGCUGCAUCAAAAGAUUGAAAGAGCUACAAGCAAAACAAGCAUCUGGAUGCGAAAAGAUGCUGCGACUAAGUGUAGAAACUGGUGGGUGUUCCGGUUUCCAAUAUGUCUUUUUACUGGAUGACAAAAGAAAUACAGAUGAUAGGGUUUUUGAGAAAGGCGGCGUCAAAUUAGUGGUUGACAAUAUCUCCUAUGACUUUGUAAAAGGUGCCACUGUUGACUAUGUGGAAGAGUUGAUUCGUUCAGCCUUCGUGGUUAGUAUAUUCAUUAACAGUGCAUUUACAUAAUGUCAAACUCUCAUGUUUAGUUUUAUUUUGAACCACAUGUACCAUCAUUGCAAUGUUAUCUUUUUGCUUGCAUCAGCUGAUGAAUCGUACUAAAGCUUAAAUGCACGCGCAUUCUUAGUUUGCGAAGAUUAGAAAAUCAUGUUUAUUGAAAAAGAAAUGAUUAACUCAUUUUAACCCGCUUUCAUCUUUCUGAACACUGAUUGUUUCUCAAAACUUUUUUAUCCAAACGCUUGAAAAUGCAUAGGAUUAGCUUAAUCUGACUUAAGCUCAUAUCGGUUCUUUUACUAAUUUGGAUUUGCUUUCCGUAACUCAUUGUUGUUUUAUGCCGUUUCUGAUGUUGCACAUGCUGACCUUUGUUUUUCUUACAUUUUGCUUUUUUGCGGGGGCUUUAGAAAAAGAAAAUGUUCGACCCACACUGAUUUUUUUUUUCCUUGCUUGUAAGGUCGAUUUGCAUCAAUUUUUAUUAGAUCUGCCUUUCGCGAUAAUAUAUCAGCUGCGUAUAGUCAAAACAUGCUUUAUCUAUUAUAUUUCUAGAUUAUCAUCAUCUUGGAUCCAACAUUUUGUCGCCCUUAAUGUCGCCCUGUAGUAGUU